CCCUCCAUCCUCUCAUCUCACCAUUACCAGGAGGAUCUUCUGAGGGCUGAGACUGGACAAAGGGAGAGAAGACUUCAACCAGACUGACCACACCGGACACAGAGAUCGCAGGGAGAUGGAGCUGAGUGUGGUGGUGGUGUUGCUGUUGGUGGUCCCCGUGUCUCUCGCUCAGGAAGACUUGGAAGGUAAAGUCUUCGUCUUCCCCAAAGAAACCAACACAGAUCAUGUCAUUCUAAGACCUACAAUCACAAGACCAUUGAGUAAAGUCAGCGUCUGUCUACGUUCUUAUACCGACCUUUCCCGCCAUUAUACUACCUUCUCUCUCGCUACUCCCGGGAAGGACAAUGCCUUUCUCUUCUUCUUAGAGCCUCCAAACACUUUUUCUAUGUUUAUCAACCAGGAAGAAACUAAUUUUAAAAUGUACCCAGAGACUUUGGACUGGAGGCACACUUGUGUGAUCUGGGACUCCGACACCGGAGUGGUCCAACUUUGGGUCAAUGGAAAGCUCUACCCCAGAAGAGGCUCCAUGAAAGGGUCUUCUAUCGCAGCAGAGACCAGCAUUGUUCUGGGACAGGACCAAGAUUCUAUUGGUGGAGGGUUUGAUUCUAAGCAGUCAAUGGUUGGUGAAAUAGGUGACGUCCACAUGUGGGAUUAUAUCCUGACUUCAGAAGAUGUACAGAAGGCCUUUUAUGGUGACUUCCAUGGAAAUGUCAUUAAUUGGAAGUCUCUAGUCUAUGAAAUCAAAGGGGGAGUUCUUAUCCAGCCCAAACUGUAAUGUUUGUCUAUCGGCUUAUAAUACACACCUUGAGGUUGAUUUACUAAAGGCAAAGAAGCUGUUUAUGUUGUAAGGGAA